AUGAAGAUCCCGCUGCUGGUCUCUACGGGAAUCCUGCUGGUCUCCCUCCUGCCCUGCCAGGAGUGCAGAGCUCUCAGCAAGAGCCCGGUAGCCGCCCACGGGGCUCUGCACCAGCCAGAUUUCUUCCAGCAGCAGCAGCAGCAGCAGCAGCAGCAAACUCUGCCCGUCCUGCUCCGCAUGGGAGAAGAGUAUUUCCUGCGCCUGGGCAACCUCAACAAGAGACCCGUUGGCUCUUUCUCCGCCUCUUCCAGCAGCACCAGCCACCUACAGCCCGAAGCCUCCGCCAGCAACUUUUUCCGGGCGGCGGUGCAACAGCUGCAGCAGCUGCCCGAGCGCUCGCUGGGGAGCCCCGAGGAGGGCGAAGCCGAGGGUGAGGCCGUGGAGAGGGAGAAGCGAUCCGAGGAGCCCCCUAUUUCUCUGGAUCUGACUUUCCACCUCCUGCGAGAAGUCUUGGAGAUGGCCCGAGCCGAGCAGUUAGCGCAGCAAGCUCACAGCAACAGGAAACUGAUGGAGAUAAUCGGGAAGUGAGACGGCCCCUCCCCGCCUUGCCAAAGAGAUUCCGCAGUUAGCACAAGAAUAAUUACACCGUCCGAUGUACCAUAGUGCUGCUCUGAUGUCAUCUCUUUAUUUUUAUAUAGCUUUAAACCUAGAAGGGUGUACUCCGAACAGCCUCUGUCCCUUGACUAGCAUGCACAACCGUGUACCAAGUGCAGAAACACGAGUGUCGUUCGUAACCUCCCCUACCUUUAUUUAUUUCUCCAUUUCCCAGUUAUUCUAGUGCCAUCGCUACGUAGGGAUGUGUGAGCAUUGGAAGAAAUGGUGCCAAGAAGACAGAUAACUUUUCUGCUGGGGGCAGGGAGGUGG